AUGGCUCUCACUCGGUUCCUCAGUUCCUCAGUUCCUCACCGUCACUCUCAGUCUCUCACUCGGUCAUCCUCAACAGUCAACACAGAGGCUUCAGCCUUCAGCCUUCAGCUUCUCCAGUCUUACACGGUCACACCUCACACCUGCCAUCUCACACUUCCAUUGAGCUCAGCUCGCACUUCAGAGUUCCAUUCAGAAAUUGUUUGCUAUUUUUUGUGUGGUCUGCUAAUGGUUGAUGAACCUAGUUCAUAUAAACAAUUUACGUUUGCUUUUAUUUCAGAAAAUAUGAAUUCUGAAACUGUGAGUAACCUUGUUACUACUGGAGUUGAUUCUGAGGUUGCUCCGAUCGAGGUUGAUGAAUCUAGUUUGAAAAGGCUAAGACUAGCAACCUCCGAUGUUUGGAAUUUUUUCAAAAAGCUCGGUCCAGAUAAGGAUGGAGUAGAAUGUGCUGAGUGUAAAGGAUGCAAGAAGGUGUUUAAAGAUGGAGGUAAGCGAUAUGGCACUUCUACUAUAAAAUGGAAUCUUGAUAGUUGUACUCAAAUUAAGCAUGAAGAUAUUGGUCAGACUAUAGCAGAAUUGCAACUUAAAAUGGGUUCACUUAAGAUUGAUUCAGGAGUGGCUAGAGAUAUGUUUGCUGGGUAUGUAGUUGCUGGGGAUAAGCCUUUUAAUAUGGUUGAUGAUAGGAGAUUUAGAAAUUGGGUGAAAUAUAUUAGUCCAACUUUGAAACUUCCUUCUAGGAAUACGGUUAAGGCUGACAUAGUGAAAGUUCACAAGAGAGAAGCUGCGAAACUUAAAAAAAUUUUAGUUUCCAUUCCAAAUAGAAUUUUCUUAACAUCUGAUCUUUGGACUUCCAGUACCAAUGAGGGGUUUAUAUGUUUGACUGUACAUUUUGUUGAUGAGAACCGGAAAUUACAAAGUAAAAUUCUCAAUUUUUGUGAUAUGCCUCCUCCUUACACAGGAUUUGAGUUGUCUUCUAAAAUCUUUACGCUUUUGACUGAGUGGAAAACUGAUAAAAAGAUUUUUUUCAUUACUUUGGAUAAUGCUUCUUCUAAUGAUACUUGUGUUGAAAACUUAAAAAAUACUUUGGAUGUGUAUGGUUUAUUGUUGUGUGGUGGUGAAUUCUUUCAUGUUCGUUGCUCUGUUCAUAUUUUAAAUCUUAUUGUCCAAGAUGGAAUGAAAAUAUGUGGUGAUGCAGUGUAUAAGAUUAGAGAGUCUAUUAAGUUUCUGAGAAAAUCUGAAAGUCGAAUGGUUAAGUUUAAAGAAUGUUUUGAAGAUAUUGAGGGACUUGAGUAUACGAAUGCAUUAUUUUUAGAUGUUCCUACUAGGUGGAAUUCACUUUAUGCAAUGCUUGCAAGUGCUAUUCCUUAUAAGAAAGCUUUUGAAAUGUAUAAAGUAAAAGAAGCUGGGUUUAGGGAGUAUUGUCCUUCAUCAGAUGAGUGGAGAAGAACUGAAAAGAUAUGUGAUUUCUUGUUACCAUUUUAUGAAACUACCAAGUUGAUGUCUGGAACUUCUUACCCAACAUCCAACUUGUAUUUUUUACAAGUUUGGCAAAUCCAGCUUAUUUUAAUAAAUAGUUUGAAGAAUAAUGAAGUGCUUAUAAGGAAUGUGGGAGAAAAAAUGAUGAUUAAGUUCAAGAAAUAUUGGGAAGAAUACAGUGUUGUUCUUGCAUUUAGGGUAGUUCUUGAUCCUAGAUUUAAACUCAACACUUUGGUUCAUUGCUAUAAUGAGAUUGAUCCUAUUAGUGCUAAAGACAAAGUGGAGCAUGUGAAGAGUAAGUUAUACAAGAUUUUUGAGGUUUAUGACCAAAAUUUCUCUACAACUGUAGAGAGUUCUUCCCAACUUUCAAAUAAUUUUUCUCAAGUAACAUCUUCUGCAAUUGGAACUCAGCUUAUUAAAAUUGUUGGUGAUUUGAUGUCCCGUAAUCAAGAAGCUGAAGUGAAAAGUGGAAAGAACCAACUAGAUAUUUAUUUGAGUGAGGCAACAUUAUUUUGCAAUGAUGCAAUCAUUGAUGUUUUGCAAUGGUAG